CACACGCGCCGCUGGCUGGCCGCCUCCCGCGCCCGGGGAGCCGCGCUGCUGUGCCCCGCGCCCCUGUCCCGCGCCGCCGUCCGCCCGGCGCUCCCGGUGCCCGUGACCCUGCCCGGGGCGCGGGGCGGAGCGGACAUGGCCCGCCGGGGGGCCGCCGCGCCGGCGCUGGCCCUGGCGCUCCUGGCGGUGGCCCUGUCUGGGGUCGGAGCGCAGGGCGCAGCCCUCGAGGACCCCGACUACGACGUGCAGGAGAUCUGGAGCCGCGAGCCCGAGCCGGAGCCCUUCUCGCCGCCGCUGCCCGCCGGGGCCGGGGUGGAGGAGCGGGAGCCGCGCCCUCCGGAGCCCCGGCCGCCCAAGAGGGCCACCAAGCCCAAGAAAGCUCCCAAGAGAGAAAAACUGGCUCUGGAGACGCCUCCACCAGGUAAAAAAAGCAACAGAAAAGGCAUGAGAACCAAGAGCUCUGAGAAGGCUGCCAACGAUGAUCACAACAUCCCCAUGGCCCAUGACGAUGUCAGAGAGAGUUGCCCACCACUUGGUCUGGAAACCCUAAAAAUCACGGACUUCCAGCUCCACGCCUCCACGGCGAAGCGCUACGGCCUGGGAGCGCAUCGGGGGAGACUCAACAUCCAGGCGGGGAUUAACGAGAACGAUUUCUACGACGGGGCGUGGUGCGCGGGGAGGAACGACCUCCACCAGUGGAUCGAGGUGGACGCCAGGCGCCUGACCAGGUUCACGGGCGUCAUCACCCAAGGAAGGAACUCGCUCUGGCUGAGUGACUGGGUGACAUCCUACAAGGUCAUGGUGAGCAAUGACAGCCAUACCUGGGUCACCAUUAAGAAUGGAUCUGGAGACAUGAUCUUUGAAGGAAACACUGAGAAGGAGAUCCCCGUCCUCAACGAGCUGCCGGUCCCCAUGGUGGCCCGCUACAUUCGCGUCAACCCGCGGUCCUGGUUUGACAACGGGAGCAUCUGUCUGAGGAUGGAGAUCCUCGGCUGCCCGCUGCCAGAUCCUAACAACUACUAUCACCGACGGAACGAAAUGACCACCACUGAUGACCUGGAUUUUAAGCACCACAACUACAAGGAAAUGCGCCAGUUGAUGAAGGUCGUGAACGAAAUGUGCCCCAAUAUCACCAGAAUCUACAACAUCGGCAAAAGCCACCAGGGCCUGAAGCUGUAUGCCGUGGAGAUCUCUGACCACCCUGGGGAGCACGAAGUCGGUGAGCCCGAGUUCCACUACAUCGCCGGCGCCCAUGGCAACGAGGUGCUGGGCCGCGAGCUCCUGCUGCUGCUGCUGCAGUUCCUGUGCCAGGAGUACUUGGCCCGGAAUGAGCGCGUCGUCCACCUGGUGGAGGAGACCCGGAUCCACAUCCUCCCCUCUCUCAACCCCGAUGGCUACGAGAAGGCCUAUGAAGGGGGCUCGGAGCUGGGGGGCUGGUCCCUGGGGCGCUGGACCCACGACGGGAUAGACAUCAACAACAACUUCCCCGACUUAAACACGCUGCUCUGGGAGGCCGAGGACCGGCAGAACAGCCUGAGGAAAGCUCCCAAUCACUAUAUUGCAAUCCCUGAGUGGUUUCUGUCGGAAAAUGCCACGGUGGCCGCGGAGACCAGAGCAGUCAUAGCGUGGAUGGAAAAAAUCCCCUUUGUGCUGGGCGGCAACCUGCAGGGGGGCGAGCUGGUGGUGGCCUACCCCUACGACAUGGUGCGGUCUCCGUGGAAGACCCAGGAGCACACCCCCACGCCCGACGACCACGUGUUCCGCUGGCUGGCCUACUCCUACGCCUCCACGCACCGCCUGAUGACAGACGCCCGGCGCAGAGUGUGCCACACGGAAGACUUCCAGAAGGAGGACGGCACCGUCAACGGGGCGUCCUGGCACACCGUCGCGGGAAGUCUGAACGAUUUCAGCUACCUUCACACAAACUGCUUCGAGCUGUCCAUCUACGUGGGCUGUGACAAAUACCCGCACGAGAGCCAGCUGCCCGAGGAAUGGGAGAACAACCGGGAAUCUUUGAUCGUGUUCAUGGAGCAGAUUCAUCGCGGCAUCAAAGGCGUGGUGAGAGAUUUGCACGGAAAAGGAAUUCCAAAUGCUGUUAUCUCCGUAGAAGGCGUUAACCACGACAUCCGAACAGCCAGCGAUGGAGAUUACUGGCGCCUGCUGAACCCUGGAGAGUACGUGGUCACAGCAAAGGCAGACGGCUUCACCGCGUCCACCAAGAACUGUAUGGUUGGCUACGACAUGGGGGCCACUCGGUGUGACUUCACGCUCAGCAAAACCAACCUGGCCAGGAUCAGAGAGAUCAUGGAGAAGUUUGGGAAGCAGCCUGUUAACCUGCCCGCCAGGCGGCUCAAGCUGCGGGGGAGGAAGAGACGACAGCGCGGGUGACCCUCUAGGACCCUUGAGACACAUCCCGGACUUGGGCAAAUUAAACCAACCCAGUAGUAGCUGCAUAGUGGCCUCACUCACUGUUGUUUUCUCUGUAAUUCAAGAGGCACCUGGGAGAGUGUGUGCAUUGCAAGGCUGGUCCCAGAGUGGGGGGCGGAGGCUUAGGAUGUUUUCCUUUUUUUGUUCCCAUUUAUCCAAAUAACUUGGACAGAGCAGCAGAGAAAGGCUGGUGCGAGUGAGAGAAGUCGGCAGGUCAGCCUGGGAAUCUGAGAGGGAGGAGCUGCCCGCUCACCGCCUCCGGGAUGCACAGGGAGGGACACCUUUGCUUCCCUCUGCGGGACAACAAGAGUUCCAUGUGCAUUUGCGAUUUGCGCAACUAACAUUGCAGCAUUCCCGGAGCCCAGCUGUCUCAAAGGUUGCCAUUGAGAUGCUCACAGGCAUCCUAAGAGAAUCCGCCCUCUCUGGCCCUGGGACAUUCCACGCUGCUACAGAUAAAUUCUGCAUUCUGUUGACAAUAGGGACAUUACCAAGUGAGCAUCAGUAAGCCUCUUGAAUCAGUUCGGUUUUCCUUUUCAACAAAACAUUGUGUUCAUAAAAGGAGAGAAGCCGAGAUGACUCAAGAGCGAUUGUUGGGCAGUGAGCAUGGGGCUUGCUGUACCCUCAGUGGGUCCACAAAGAACCCCCCAAACGCCCUGCAGAACCGGUAUCCCUGGUGUGGCGGCGCCCUAGGCAGGGAGGGCCAGAGGUGCCAGCCGUCCUGAGGCACCAGAUAAUUUAGCCUGGAUCUCCUCGUUGUCCUGCUAGACCUUGGAAUGAAUCAGAAGAGGGCUGGCCUGCAGCCCUCUCUGCGCUUGAGGGAUUGCGGCUUUGUGGAAUGAGCACUCCUGAGUGGGCCUGACAUCAGUACGGGAGUUAUUUUUUGUAAGUGGAAUGCCAGAUUUUCCAAAUUAGGUUAAAUUUGAUGAAAAACUCUAAGGAUUCUCUGUGGAGCAUCAGUUUGAGAGGGGUUAUUGAAUUCUCAUGCAAGAAAAGUUGUGUCUCAUGUUUUAUUAAUGUUGCUGCCUCAUUGACCUGGGAAGAAUGAAAAAAAAAAUAAAGAAAGCAAACAGUAAAAUCCUU